AUGGACCCCUUCAAUGAGGCCAGCCAUGUCUUCCUGGACUGGCUCAAACGCUCUGGAGCGGAGAUCAGCCCCAAAAUCGAGCUGAAAGAUUUGCGUAACAUGCAAGCCGGCCGUGGCGUCGUUGCGAUACAAAACAUCGACGAAGAUGAAGUCCUUUUCCGAAUCCCCCGCUCCGCAAUCCUUUCAGUCGAGAACUCGAUCCUCUCCAAUGAGAUCCCCAAAGCCACCUUCGACGCCCUCGGCCCUUGGCUCUCCCUCAUCCUCGUCAUGCUCUACGAGUACUUCAACAAGGAUGCCUCAAACUGGGCCCCCUACUUCCGCGUCCUGCCUAACGAGUUCAACACCCUGAUGUUCUGGUCCGAAGACGAACUCGCAGAGCUCCAAGCAUCCGCUGUGGUGCAUAAGAUCGGGCGCCAGAGCGCAGACGAGAAUUUCAAGAACGAGCUACUUCCGGUCGUUAAAGAGUUUGCUCAGUUGGUAUUUGCUGGAGAUGAGAGGGCACAGGAGCGCGCGGCCGAGAUGGAGAGCGAAGAGGGGAUGCUCCUCAUGCACAAAAUGGGUAGUCUCAUUAUGGCAUAUGCGUUCGACGUUGAGCCGGCGCAAUCGCAGAAGGAGGUCGAUGAGGAGGGGUAUGCGAGCGAGGACGAGGAUGAAGCGCUGCCCAAGGGCAUGGUGCCUAUGGCGGACAUGCUUAAUGCAGACGCAGACAGGAACAACGCGAGGCUAUUCUACGAAGAACAGUCGUUGUCCAUGAAAGCUCUCAAGGCCAUUCAGACUGGGGAAGAAAUCUUCAACGACUACGGACCGCUGCCGAGAUCAGAUCUACUCCGUCGAUAUGGUUACGUCACAGAUAAUUAUGCGCAGUACGAUGUCGUGGAAAUCCCAUUCGACUUGGUUGCUCAGACCGCUUCUGCUGCCAACGUUUACUCUGAAGCUCGGUUCGAGUACCUAGCCGAGAACGACCUCAUCGAAACCGGCUAUGAUAUCUGUGCCAGCGAGCCAUUCACUGUUCAAGAAAGUGUAUCACCCGAGCUUAUUGUCGUAGUUGAAACCCUCCUGCUAGACAACGAAGCCUUCGAGCAUCUCAAGCGUAAAGGCAAAUUACCAAAGCCGGAAAGGAGCACCACUCAAGGCGCAGAGUUCUUGCAUAGAUUGGUGCAGGUCAGGUUGCAGCAAUAUACCACUACUCUGGAUGAGGACAACCUUACGGCGACCCAGAUAUCGCUUAAGGGCGAGGCCACUUCGAAAGAGCGGCGAUAUGCUAUCGCGAAGCAAGUUCGUAUUGGUGAGAAGAAGAUCCUGAAGCAGGCUGAAGAGGCUUUGGAGCAAGUGGGGAGAGAUCUGGUCAACGCCAAUGGUUCCGUGAAGAGGCCGGCAGAGGAAGAAGAGGUGGGAAGAGGCAAGAAGCGCGCGAGAUGA